UCCAAAUCUUUUCAUUACGAUGAAGUCCGAGAAUGAGUUUUACAUCUCAAGAAGUAUGUAACAAAAGAUAAAACUUUAAGGCCACAUUGCAGCUUCAGCAAAAUGAGGAAGAGAAAGAGGACAAUGAUUUUUAAUGCAAAUAUGCCCUCCAGUGACCUAUCAUGGCUUAUUCUCUACUAGAUGAAGAACAAAACUCAUCACAACACCACACAAACCGUUGAUAGUGACUUCAGAAGGGAUCUCCCCGUUCCUCUUAAUUUCCAAUCUUAUCCUCCUUCUCCCCUCUCCAAUAUUAUGUUCACAGAUCACUGAUAAGGAAGGUUUCUACCAAAAGCAAGGGCAUUCUUGUCAAGUACAAAAAGUUCCUGCACUUGCCGCGUAGUUCGUGCACUUGCCAAGUGAUGACCUGAUAGGCACAGAUUAUCUAUCUACACUAAGUUAUGCAGCGUUAUUGAGUGCACAUAACUACUUCACAUUUGUCCCAAAAUGCAGAAUUCCUCGCCGGAAUCCGUCACGUUAUCCAACAAGUUAGCACGGUCGCCGAGCGAUCAACGCUGGUCCGAUGAUGCCGACAUUUUAGACAUGGAUGGUUUCAUCAAGACUCUCUUAGGAAUCCAGGGGAAGGGAGUUAGGCCUGACUUGAUUGGCUCAAUCAUCACACAUUAUGCCUCUAAAUGGAUUCCUGACCUAGCUGGAGACGAGCCAAAAAGUGCGGUUUCCAGCUUCCAAGACUCGCCGGAGAGUAUCACUGUCUCAUGGAUGAAGCAGAAGCUCUUGAUUGAGACUCUAGUUGGAAUUCUGCCCUCAGAGAAGGACUCUGUCCCCUGCAACUUCCUGCUACGUCUCCUACGUCUUGCUAACAUGGUCGGCGUGGAGGCUAAGUGUCUUGCUAAGCUUGAAAAGCGUGUUUCUUGGCAGCUCGAUCGGGCUUCGUUGAAAGAAUUGAUGAUACCAUGUUUUAGCCACACGUGUGCCACGUUGCUCGACUGUGAGCUCGUGCUUCGGCUGGUGAGAGGGUUCUUGAGCUCGGAGGAAACCGUUAGGAGUGGCGCUGCCCUUGCGAAAGUGGCAAAGCUUGUGGAUUGUUAUCUUGCUGAGGCUGCCGUUGAUUCCCAUUUGACAUUGCCUGAGUUUUUCGCGCUCGCUUGUGCCGUUCCAAGCCAUGCACGUUCAACAGAUGACGGACUCUAUCGUGCGGUGGAUAUAUAUCUCAAAGCACAUCCAGGAUUGCCAAAGCAAGACAGGAAGAGACUUUGCACUUUAAUCGACAGCAGAAAGCUCUCAGCAGAGGCAUCACUUCAUGCAACUCGGAACGAGAGGCUUCCAGUUCGGGCCGUGAUCCAAGUCCUCCUCUCGGAGCAAACCAAGCUCAGCAAGCAAGUCGACUGGAGUGGGCCCUUGAGCAGCGGCCGUAGCCCGGCGGUGGGGCCCGAGGGCCCGGCCCGGUGCAUGUCGAGACGCGAGAUGUUCACGCAGCAGAUGGAGAUGAAGAGGUUGAAGGAGGAUGUUCUGAGGCUGCAGAGCCAGUGCAUGAAAAUGGAAGGCGUGAUUGAGCAGAUGUUGGAAAAAAAGAAGGGAAGUUUCAGGUGGAAGAAGCUUUUGGAGUUGCAGUGUUUGAGGCCCGCAAAUGAUCAUGAUAGGUUUUUGAAUCACUAUGUUGAGGCUUGAGGAGUGAUUUGGUGUAUUUGUUGGUUUAUUUCCACUGGGGUUAUAAUUUGUAAUGUUUUUUUUUCAAUUUUUUUUAAAUAAUACUAACUAUUAUUAGUGU